AUGCUGGCUUCACGCCAAGUUCUGGCCGGUGCCAUCCGGAGCCGGACAGCAAUGUCCGGCCUGGGCAUGCGCCGCACCAUGGCCUCCGUCUCCAACGGCCCGCUGGACCGCAAGGUCAGGCAAAACAUCUGGGAGGAGAACAACUUCAUCAACUACAAGAAGAUGUCCGAGAACCUCGACAUUGUGCGCGCGCGGUUGAACCGCCCCCUCGCGUACGCCGAGAAGAUCCUGUACUCUCACUUGGACGACCCGCACGGCCAGGACAUUGAGCGCGGUGUCUCGUACCUGAAGCUGCGCCCCGACCGUGUUGCCUGCCAGGACGCCACUGCUCAGAUGGCUAUCCUGCAGUUCAUGUCCGCCGGCAUGCCAUCUGUUGCCAACCCGACCACCGUCCACUGUGAUCAUCUUAUCGAGGCUCAGAUCGGCGGCGAGAAGGAUCUGGCCCGCGCCAUCAGCAUCAACAAGGAGGUCUACGACUUCCUGUCCAGUGCCUGCGCCAAGUACAACAUUGGCUUCUGGCGUCCCGGCUCUGGUAUCAUUCACCAGAUCAUCCUCGAGAACUACGCCUUCCCCGGUGGUCUGCUUAUCGGCACUGACUCGCACACCCCCAACGCUGGUGGUCUCGGUAUGGCCACCAUCGGUGUCGGUGGUGCUGAUGCCGUCGACGUCAUGGCCAACCUGCCGUGGGAGCUUAAGGCCCCCAAGGUCAUUGGUGUGAAGCUGACUGGCCAGCUGUCUGGCUGGACUGCGCCCAAAGACAUUAUCCUGAAGCUUGCAGGCAUCCUCACUGUGAAGGGAGGUACCGGCGCAAUCGUUGAAUACUUCGGAGACGGUGUUGACAGCAUUUCUGCUACUGGUAUGGCGACGAUCUGCAACAUGGGUGCUGAGAUUGGUGCCACGACCUCCCUGUUCCCGUUCAACGACCGCAUGUACGACUACCUUUCCGCUACCAAGCGUAAGGACAUUGGUGACUUCGCCCGUGUGUACGCCAAGGAACUGCGCAAGGACGAGGGUGCCGAGUAUGACCAGUUCAUCGAGAUCAACCUGUCUGAGCUGGAGCCGCACAUCAACGGUCCCUUCACGCCCGAUUUGGCCACGCCGAUCUCGAAGCUGGCUGAGACGGCCAAGGCGAACAACUGGCCUGAGGAGGUCAAGGUCGGUCUUAUCGGCUCAUGCACCAACUCGUCGUACGAGGAUAUGACCCGUGCUGCUGCCAUCGCUCGCGAUGCUCUGGACCACGGCGUGAAGCCGAAGGCUCUGUUCACGGUCACGCCCGGCUCUGAGCAGAUCCGCGCCACCAUUGCCCGUGACGGACAGCUGCAGACGUUUGAGGAGUUUGGCGGCCUUGUGCUCGCCAACGCGUGCGGUCCCUGCAUCGGUCAGUGGGAUCGCCAGGACGUGAAGAAGGGUGAAGCCAACACGAUCGUGUCGUCGUACAACCGGAACUUCACCGGUCGCAACGACGGCAACCCUGCCACUCACGCAUUCGUGACGUCACCCGACCUGGUUGUGGCGCUGACGAUUGCCGGCACGCUCAACUUCAACCCCCUGACGGACAAGCUCAAGGACAAGGACGGCAAGGAGUUCCUGCUGAAGCCGCCACCGCAGACGGACGGUCUUCCGGAGAAGGGCUACGACCCGGGCUUGGACACGUACCAGGCACCGCCUUCGGACCGCUCGCAGGUGUCGGUCAACGUGGCCCCCACGUCGGACCGUCUGCAGCUCCUGACUCCCUUCAGCGCAUGGGACGGCAAGGACGCGCUCGACUGCCCAAUCCUGAUCAAGACCAAGGGCAAGACGACGACGGACCACAUCUCCAUGGCCGGCCCGUGGUUGAAGUACCGUGGCCAUCUGGACAACAUCUCCAACAACAUGCUGAUCGGCGCCAUCAGCGAGGCCAACGACUCUGCCAACUCGGUCAAGAACGUGUUCACCGGCGAGUUUGACGCCGUCCCGGCCACGGCCCGUGACUACAAGGCUCGGGGCAUCCAGUGGGUUGUUAUUGGUGACUGGAACUACGGCGAGGGCUCGUCGCGUGAGCACGCCGCCCUGGAGCCGCGUCACCUUGGCGGUCUGGCCAUUGUGACCCGCAGCUUCGCCCGUAUCCACGAGACGAACUUGAAGAAGCAGGGCAUGCUGCCGCUGACCUUUAUCGACCCGGAGGACUACAACAAGGUCAAGUCUGAGGACAAGGUUGACAUUCUGGCGACUGAGCUGGCCGUCGGCAAGCCCAUCACUAUGCGGGUGCACCGCCCCAACGGCGAGGUGGAGGACAUCAAGCUGGCACACACGUUCAACGCCGGCCAGAUUGAGUGGUUCAAGAACGGCAGCGCUCUGAACACGAUGGCCAAGGCCCACAAGCAGUAA